CACAUCCCUUCUUCUCAGAGCUGCACUCAAUUUUCUUUUUCUAACUGUGCUAAUCUCUCUCUCUCCAUGCUGGAAUAAUGUGUGUGUGUUGUGCCAAUGUGUGUGUGCUGUUGUUCGUGUUGAUUGGGGGUAGUUCUGGACAAAGUUACGGACCAGCGUGUUAUGGUGGAUUUGACCUCUACUUUGUCCUGGAUAAGUCUGGAAGUGUUCAACAUCACUGGAAUGAGAUUUAUUACUUUGUGGAUCAUCUGGCACACAAAUUCAUCAGUCCUAAGCUCCGGAUGUCUUUCAUUGUUUUUUCGACAGAGGGGAGAACCUUGAUGAAGCUCACAGAAGACAGGGAACAGAUACGAGCAGGUCUGGAGGAACUACAGAGUGUUUUACCAGGUGGAGACACAUUUAUGCACAAAGGCUUUGAGCGGGCAAGUGAACAGAUCUACUAUGCAAGUGGUGAUGGUUAUCGAAUAGCGAGCGUUAUUAUUGCUCUGACAGACGGAGAGCUGCGUGAGACACAGUUUGAUUUGGCAGAGAGAGAGGCAGGACGCUCGCGCCAGCUUGGAGCUACAGUGUACUGCGUGGGAGUGAAGGAUUUUAAUGAAACUCAGCUGGCUACAAUUGCAGGCAGUGAAGAUCAUGUUUUUCCUGUGAAUGGUGGAUUUGAGGCACUUCAAGGCAUCAUCGACUCAAUCCUGAAGAGAUCAUGCAUAGAAAUAUUGUCUGUAGAACCUUCAACUAUAUGUGCCGGAGAAUCCUUUCAGGUGGUGGUGAGGGGGAACGGUUUCCUCCACGCGAGAGAUGAGAGACGAGUGUUGUGUAGUUUCCGCAUCAAUGACACCUUCACCGUCAUGAAGAGGCCUCUGGUUGUAGAAGACACAUACUUGCUUUGUCCAGCCCCUGUUCUGAUGCAGGAGGGAACAUCUGCUUCUCUCUUCGUCAGUCUGAAUGAUGGCAUAAGUUUUAUCUCCAGCUCAGUCAGUAUAUCAGCUCACGGCUGCGUGAAUACGGUCCGAACUAUCAGCACCUCCGCUAGCACCGAGCUCACCACUGCUGUGCUGCAGGACAGUGACGCUCCUCCACCGUCAGUGUGUACAAUAGAUGGGACGGUGUUAGCCAUUGCUCUACUCGUGCUGCUGCUGUUGGUGAUUCUGAGCCUGGUUUGGUGGUUCUGGCCACUCUGCUGCACUGUGGUUAUCCAUGAACCACCUCCACCUGUAAUAGAGGAAAGCUCGGAUGAAGAAGAAGAAGAUGAAGACGGCUUCCUAAAGAAAAAAUGGCCGACCGUGGACGCGUCCUAUUACGGAGGAAGAGGAGUAGGAGGCAUCAAACGCAUGGAGGUGCGGUGGGGUGAUAAAGGAUCGACAGAAGAGGGAGCAAAACUGGAGAAAGCAAAGAAUGCUCGAGUGACGUUGCCUGAUGUGGAGUACGAGUUUGAGUUUACACCUUCACGCACUCUCAAUAACGGUGCACGCAAACCCAUCCCUCGUCCGAAAUGGUACACACCCAUUAAGGGAAAGCUGGACGCUCUGUUUGUGUGGCUGAGGAGAGGAUACGAUCGCGUGUCUGUGAUGAGGCCUAAACCUGGAGAAAAGGGUCGCUGUAUGAACUUCAGCAGGGUGAAAUCCUACCCUCCACCUCGUUAUCCACACAAUAACACAAACAAGAACAAAGACAGAACAGGGCACAUCUACAGCUUGCCCCUUAAUUCAACCCCACCUGCCCCAAAAGGCAAACUGCCUCCCACCCCAAACUGCAUGUACUCUGCCCACCCUUCAGACCCCGAUCACUACGUUUCCUACCCCUUCUACCCUUCUCCCUCCCCAACUUCCUCUCUUCCUCCUCUCCCUUCCACUCCACCCCCUUCUACCACCACUCCACCUCCAUACUCUCCCCCACCUACUAGAUCUCCACCCUCCCUACUAGCCCCACCCCCUUCUCCUCCAAGUUUUCAUUCUUCAAACACAAUGCAAACUUCUUGUCAGGCUCCACCUCCUUAUUCAGCUCCAUCCAUGCGAGCGCCUCCUCCAUCCCGCCCACCACCACGUCCCUCUGUCUAAUGGGGAGGGGCUACUGAACCGAGGUGGAAUGACAAGCUGCGCUUCGUUCCCGUUUCAAACAUGUCCAGAUGAACAUCCUGACAUCAUCACAUGAGUGGAGCUGAGAAACAACUUCAGUCCACCAUUUUAAGAAGGAAACUGCAGCAAUGCAUUAUGGGUAUGAUGUGCUCCUGAUGACUUGAUCCAAUAAUCAAACAGGAACAACAUUUGGAUUCAUGAGAUGUUUGGAACUAGGAAAUGUGGAACGUUUCUAAUUAAGCACAUUAAUGGGACGUUGGGAAAGUUGGAUUGUAGUUGCCAGCUAACGAUGUCAUGGUGUUACAGCAGCUGACCAAUCAGCAGCUUUGCUUAACUUGUACGAAGUAAAAUCGCACACGCAUUAUAUUACACUCUUUUUAGAUUUUCGUCUCCACUCUUCCGAUUCCAGCUUUCAUUCCUUUUCAUCUUCUUACAUUAUUUCACCUUCGUUCACCUUCGUCUUUAAUUUAAUUCCUUCGACACAGCCAUGUUUUCCGACGUCCUUCGUCCGUUCAUUUAUUUUUCCCCAGCAUUAUUCAUUUCAUUCCUUUCCUGUUAAGCCUUCCAUUUUUUAUCCCUCUAUUUCCCUUUGCACAAAUCUUUUCUUUAAAGUAAUCAAGAUGUUGUAAAGAUGAUGCAAGGUGUUAAUUUUGUAUAAAAUGCAGACUUUAAAUGUGUAUAUACUGCGGUAGCGCCUUUUGGACAGAAACGCAAUAAACGUUGGCAAAUUUUGCUUUUAGUCAUUGAUAACGUUACAUCAGGUAAUAUAAUCAUGAAUGAAGCAUUUCUGAUAUUCGUGUGGUCAUGUGAACGCCUGCAGCUUGCUAUCUGUAUAUUCUGGAUGUAAACCCUUACUUGCUUGUGAAAAUACGACUGUAGCACUUUCUAUGUGAAGAUUUGUUUGGGCAUUAAUGCAAACACACAGCAUGUUUUGUACAUUCUAACUGAACCUGAUCACACAGAUCACCAUGUAUCUGUACACUGCAAGUGCAUUUUUUUUUACAUAAAAAAUAAAGCAGCAUGUUUAU